AUGGCCUCCCUCCGUGGCAGGGAGCCGAUCAAGGUGGAGAAGGUGGACCUGACGCUGGACGACGACGGCGACGCGGAGGAGGCGGCGACGGCGGAGGGCGCGGCGCUGGAGGCCGCGCUCGGCCGCGUGGCCGACUUCGAGGGCUUCGAGGCCGGCUCCGACCAGUCGAGCGACGCCCUCCUGCUCAGCGCCGAACGGCUCGGCGGCAGCGCAGGCGGAGUGGCAGGACCGUCACAACGCUGCAGCGAGGACGGCGGUUCGCAAGGCGGCAUGAGUUGCAAGAUCUGUGGCAAGUGGUACGGUCACGAGAAGUCUCUGUCCCUUCACAUGAAGGUGCACGAAGGCCUGACGGUAUGCGUUGUCUGCGGCAAGGUCUCCAGCAAGGUGGCCGACUUGAGGAAGCAUCUUAAGAUGGUACACAAGCUACCACAGGAGGACAUCGAUCAGAUUGUGCCGAAACGAAUGCAGCGAGGACUGUACGCAGGGGAGCAGUCUUAACCAGGAUCCGACGAAACUGCUACGCGAUGCCCGACAAUGUGUGCGAUGAGGGUCCACGCCGCAGAGGUGGAAGGAGGUGGUGCGUGGCAUCGUGGCCGGGGUACGACUGCGUUCUACUCUGCGCUGUGCUCUGUGCUCUGUUACGUGCUCAGGUGUACUCUGUUGUGCCUGUGGAAACACACGCUCUUGAUCAGAACGCGCGCGGGUCUUCAGACUUCACGUGAU